CCUCUCGGAGAGCUUGCACAACCGCGGCUUGCCUCGCCGAGCUGGCCCACCUGGCCCCCUACCCAAUCCCGCGCCCUUGAGGACGGUCAGAACAGCUCCUGCCCACCGUGCCCUGCAACCUCACCUUCUUCUACAGACUUGAAUCUCGAAAUCAUUGUUUUGCUCUUCCAGACGCUCUCCGACCCCGAGUACCAUCGAGCGAAGAGAGCUAGAGACGAACUUGUGAGUAGAAUUGACGGAUGGCGGCGAUGGCGCCGUCUGUGAUACAAUCAGCAGUGGCUGCCGCUGUCUCUCUCCCCGUGACAUUCGGCGCCGCGCAAAGUACAACUCCCUGCUUUCAAUCUUACUCAUUCUCUAAGGGAUUUCUGCCGACCUCGAAGCUAGUUCUCAAAUCGCAGGCUUCUUCCAGGCAAAGCAGACUAUCUUCGAGAUUGAAUGUGAGGGCGUCUGAAGAGGGAAGCGCAUCAGGGGCCGCAGGGGAUAGUGUGGUCGCCGAAGUCGCGUUGUUGGAAGAGGAGCCACCGACCCCCGGCGUCGGAGGCGCUGCCGCCGUCGCCACAAAACCGAACCGUAAACCUGGUGCGCUUCAGAGGGGAGGUACUCUUGGAGGCAAGGAUGCUUUAGGGAAAGAUCCUAGCUUAGCAACUCUUGGCGUGAAAACAGCUCUUGUUGAUGGAGGCAAGUUCGACGACCCCAGGUGGAUAGGAGGAAACUGGGAUCUCAAGCAGUUCACCAAGGACGGGAAGGUUCAUUGGGAUGGGGUGAUCGAUGCCGAGGUGAAGAGAAGGCGAUGGCUCGAGGACAACCCGGAGGCCUCUAGCAAUGAUGAACCUGUACUCUUCGAGACUUCUACCGUUCCAUGGUGGGCCUGGGUCAAGCGCUUCCACCUGCCUGAGGCCGAACUUUUGAAUGGUCGCGCAGCCAUGAUUGGUUAUGUUGCUGGUUACUUUGUAGACAGCCUCACGGGUGCUGGUCUUGUGGAUCAGCAAAAUAGCUUUUUUGGCAAGCUUCUACUGUUUAUCACCAUUGGAGGAGUGCUUCUCAUCCGAAAGAACGAAGACUUGGACACCCUGAAAAACUUGGCGAAAGAGUCUACUUUCUACGACAAGCAAUGGCAAGCUACUUGGAAGGAAGACACUACUAAGGACGACAAAACCCAAGUGUAAUUUGUAUAUUGUGCCAUGCACUUUAAUCUUCCACUUUGGACUAUAGCUGUGUCGUUCGAUUUUCGAACUUAGCACGUGCAGAAUUUUUUUAUUGUACAAGAUAUGUGACACACCAGGUCUCUUAGCGCAGGGCUCUGGACACUCCGAAAUUCUUUGGGAAACUGUCUACAGGGUCUGAAUUGAAAGACAGGUACUCCCUUUGAUGCAGUGUAAUGUGAAACCGUCGGUGGAUAUAGGCAACAUAGGAACCAUCCAAAAGAAUUAAUUAGGCUACCAAUGAGUUAGGCAUAGGCGCUGUAGGCGGUCGAAAGUUUCACGUGAGACUUGCCCAUACUGUGGACCAAGCUGAAGUCCAUUUUUGUCAAAAAUAACUGGAUAUCGAAUGGAAAUACGGCUUAUUCAUC